UGUGAUUUGCGUGAACCUUUAGUAACAAUUAAUAUGGCAACAUAUAACGAGAACAUUGGGUAGGCAGCUCCAGGGCCAGGACCAAGGGGUCUCAGUGCUACAGUUGACUCCCCGUAACGCGUAGUGCCGUACUGCAUUCGUUGCUCAACGAGGCUUAAAAAUGGAGAAAUACCUCAUAAAAAAGCGUAAAUGUGCUGAAGAAAAAGAAGAAGAAGUUGCAGAGGACAUUAUUAAGUCAAAGCGUACAUGUGUCGAAGGCACUGAUGGUGACGUAACAGUAAAACCUGGUGAAAGUGAGACGUCUCGUCCAGGCCAUAUCGUGGAAAGUGAAGAAAAUGAAGUGAGAGUUGAAAAAUCCUAUUUUCUUCCAGCUUGCUGUUCUGUAGUAAAAACUUUGUUUGGGGAUGAGGCUGAAAAAGAAGUGAAAAAAAUUCCUCUCUCAAACGAUACGAUUGGCAGACGAAUCAAGGAUAUGUCAUCUGACAUUGAGAAAAGUGUGUGUGAACUGGUGAAAGAUAAAAUGUUUGCCUUACAAGCGGACGAAUCAACAGAUAUUGGAGGGAAACCUCAGUUACUUGUGUUCAUCCGUUUCAUUGAUGAUAAGAAAAUAACCGAGCAAUUCUUGUGCUGCAAAGAACUAAGUCAAACAACAGGACAGGAAAUAUUUUCUACAGUGACAGAAUAUUUGGUAGAAAUGGACUUAACAUGGAAAUUAUGUGUAGGAAUUUGCACAGAUGGUUGUCCAUCAAUGGUGGGGUCAGUAAAGGGUUUUGUGUCUUUAGUGAAGAAGGAAAAUCCAUUUCUGAUUACCACACAUUGUUUCUUGCACCGUGAAGCUCUUGUUGCUAAAACACUUGGACAAGAUUUAAAAUUUGUUCUUGAUAAUGUCGUGAAAAUGGUGAACUUUAUUAAAAGUAGACCAAAGCAGUCAAGAUUAUUUUCCAGUCUUUGUGAAGAAAUGGGAUCUGCCCACGAAGGUCUUCUCCUCCACACGGAAGUUCGGUGGUUGUCAAGAGGCAGAGUGUUAUCCCGUGUGCAUGAACUAAGAGAGGAAAUUCUUCUUUUCUUUGCUCUUGAAGAGAAAACAGAAUUCUGCGAAUUACUGGCUGACGAAAUUUGGAAUGCAAAAUUAUGUUAUUUGGCAGAUAUAUUUGAGCAUUUGAACAAGGUGAAUGUAAGUAUGCAAGGGAGAAAUGAAAAUAUGUGAACAUGCACUGAUAAA